AAAAUGUGGCCUUUAGAAAGACCUUCAGUAAGAACAUCAGUCUUAUUUCCAAGAGGCAAAUUCCCUCUGGAGAGAAACUGUACAAUUGCAUGGAGUGCGAAAAGACCUUCAGUCAGAAAUCAGCCCUUUCUUCACAUCUAAGAAUUCACACAGCAAGAGAUGAGCAGUGGACUGAGGGUGAUGAGCAAGUGUAUGAGCUAUUGCCAGAGAAAGAAAAAAGUGGAGAUUUGAAAGGAAACUUCAGGAAUGAAGGCAAACUGGAAGAGCAGACAGGAAGUCGAAUGUCUGAGAAGAGGGAUGAAUCCAUUCCUGGCCAAGGACAGGAUUGCCAUGAAGUAAUCCACACAGUAGAGGAAACAUGUAAGUGCUUGGAGUGUAACAUGAACUUCUCAGAUCACAGCCAGUAUGAAAUCAAUUUGCAAACACACAGUGAAAAGAAGACACAUCAAUGUUUGGAGUGUGACAUGACUUUCCUUUGCAGAUCAAAGCUCUUGAGGCAUCAAAGAACACAUCAGAGAGAGAAGCCUUAUAGUUCCUCAGACUGUGGCAAGAGCUUUUCACAAAAAUCAGAUUUUUUUCAACACCAAAGGACUCAUUCAGGAAAGAAGGCAUUAAUCUGCUUGGAGAGGAAAAGGACCUUUUCUGGUAGAAGAAAGGGUAAUGUACAUAUUCCAAAGCACAGUAUGAUGAGAUCACAAAAAUGCCUUCAGUGCGGAAAGUUCUUCAGCUGCAGGUCAAAUCUCCUUGCGCACCAAAGAACCCACACAGGAGAGAGACCUUUUGAAUGCAUAGUGUGUGGAAAGAGAUUCAGUCAGAGUAACACUCUUCAAAGGCAUGAAAACACUCACACGGGUGAGAGACCUUUUGAAUGCUCAGAGUGUGGAAAGAGAUUCAGUCGGAGUAGUAGUCUUCAAAGGCAUCAAAGAACUCACACAAAGGAGAGACCUUUUGAAUGCUCAGAGUGUGGAAAGAGAUUCAGUCUAAGUAGUGAUCUUCAACGGCAUCAUAGAACUCACACAAAGGAGAGACCUUUUGAAUGCUCAGAGUGUGGAAAGAGAUUCAGUCUGAAUGACACUCUUCAAAGACAUCAUAGAACUCACACAAAAGAGAGACCUUUUGAAUGCUCAGAGUGUGGAAAGAGAUUCAGUCAAAGUGGCAAUCUUCAACAGCAUCAAAGAACUCACACAAAGGAGAGACCUUUUGAAUGUUUAGAGUCCGGAAAGAGAUUCAUUUACAGUGGCAGUGUUCAGCAGCAUCAAAGAACCCACACAAUGGAGAGACCUUUUGAAUGCUCAGAGUGUGGAAAGAGAUUCCGUCAAAGUGGUGCUCUUCAACAGCAUCAAAGAACUCACACAAAGGAGAGACCUUUUGAAUGCCCAGAGUAUGGAACGAGAGUCAAUCAGAGUGGCAAUAUUCAACGGCAUCAAAGUACUCACACAACGGAGAGACUUUUUGAAUGAUCUGAGAGUGAAAAGAAAUUCAGUGAGAGUGGUGCUCUUCAACAACAUCAAAGGAUCUACACAGGGAGAAACUUUUGAAUGCUCAGAAUAUGGAAAGAGAUUUAGCCAGUCUGACAAUCUGGCCCAACACCGAAGAACCCAGACAUAGGAAAACCCGUUUGAGUGCUCAGCAUAAGGCCUCUGUCUCCUUCUCAGCUGAGGCACCCCAAUUUGAUCCCCCAUCUUCCCAUUUUUUUAAAGAGUAUCCCAUUGAAAUUCUGAAGUAGAAUGGGCAUAUCUUUGGGAUAGUUAUGAGAGAGCCCAUCUGCCUGCCAUGGGCAGAGAACAUUCCAUCACAGAAGCAGGAGGUCCCCAGGGCUUUUAUAUCUCUCCCCCCCCCCCCCAGUUCCAUGGCCUGUGAACAGCAAUGUUUCUACUUCAAGAGUAUUUCAUCAAACCAAAACAAGAUCAUUUCCAGUUAAUGGGCAAUCACCUCUGAGCCAUCAAAGCAGCCUUUAUAUCUGAUCAACUCAGGCACAUCUGAUCAAUUCAGGCACACUGGGUGCUGUGAAAAUCUCCCUACAUGGGAAUGUCAGGGGUCACGUUCAACUCUUUCCACUGAAUUUUAUGGGCAACUACUUCAGACUGCUCAGUCAAACUUCGAUUUUUUUCAUGAUCUUGGGAAAGUUUGGUCCCAUGUCAGACAAUGGGAUUGUUUCCAAAUAGAAGGGAAACUCAGGUGUGCGGAAGGGGUCUUCCAGGUUUUCCCCCAUUACCUGGAUACCACUGCAACUUCUUUGCAGGGAAACAACCCCCCCUCCCCCCGGCCCAAUAUCUAUCUUUUUCUCUCUCCCUGGUUGGACUCUACUCCAUGGACUCUCAGCAAUUCUCAUCUUCUCACUCAUCUUGGAACAAUAUCGCACUCUCUUUAUCCUUGCCUUCCCCCCUUUCUUAGUUUUUGCAUGUGUACCUACUAUGACUUAGGGAAUUAGCUCUCACGUGUUUAGUGUAGAUUCUCUGCUAUUUUACUUCUUUCAUUCUGUUAUGUAUCCAAUAAAAUUAAAAGUAUGAUC